UCGGAUGCCAGAUUCCUCCUUACCUCCUUUCAGAUUCCCUCUUCGUAUACAGCCCAAUCUUUAUAUAUUUACACCCAUCCCACCCUGAUUAUCAUCAUCAUCUUGAAAAUCAGACGGAUGAAAUUCGGCAAGGAGUUCAGGACCCACCUGGAGGAGACCCUACCGGAGUGGAGGGACAAGUUCCUCUGCUACAAGCUCCUCAAGAAGCUCCUCAAAAACCUCCCCACCGCCACCAUCAACGUCCGUUCCCUCCCUCCCCACCCUUCUUUUCCCCCAAUUCAACCCGAGGAUGCCGUUCAUUCUCAUCGUGAUCCAGGGAUUGCCGGCAGCCGGCCCUCUGUUGACCUCCAAGAUUGGUUUGUUAGGAUUCUCAAUGAAGAGCUUGAAAAGUUCAAUGAUUUCUACGUUGAUAAAGAGGAAGAGUUCGUUAUCCGCUUACAGGAGCUGAAGGAAAAAAUUGAGCGAGCCAAAGAGAAGAGUGGCAGAGCAAGUAUUUCUCUGUCAGAGAGUGAAUUCAGUGAAGAAAUGAUGGAUAUUCGGAAGGAUUCUGUUACCAUUCAUGGGGAGAUGGUCCUUCUAAAAAAUUAUAGCUCACUAAACUUUGCAGGGCUGGUUAAAAUUUUGAAGAAGUAUGAUAAACGAACUGGGGAUUUGUUGCGCUUGCCUUUUACACAGAUUGCUCUUCAUCAACCUUUCUUUACCACAGAACCUCUUACAAGGUUAGUUCGUGAGUGUGAGGCAAAUCUCGAGCAUCUUUUCCCACUGGAAGCAGAAGUAGUUGAAUCUAGUCCUAUGCAAGACAAGUCAAAUCCACCACAGAAUGACACAGCAAAUAUCUCAUUAGACACGUCGUCAACUCUUGGUGAGGAAACCCUGGAUAUAUAUCGUGGUACUCUUGCUGCAAUGAAAGCAAUACAAGGUCUUCAGAAGGCGAGCUCCACUAACAAUCCAUUGUCAUUUUCAUCCCUGAUUAAGAACCAGGAUGAUGACAGUUUUGGCACUCUAACAGCUGAAAACUCUGCUUCAAACUCUUCAGCCAUGUUGCAAGGUGGGGAGGAGGCUGAUCAGGAGGAUGCUCGUUCGAUAUUAUGACCAGCUGGUGAGUUUUAUCUGGCAAUUUGCUUGAGUUGUAAAAUCAGAACAAAUUAUUGUAGAUAAAUUCGUCAUCCAUUCUCUUGACUGAGAACCUAUAUGUUUUGUUGUCUGUUUUAAAACUAUGAUGCUAGAGUGUGAAAAUGGCAUUGGUUUUGUCAUGACUAGCCUCUUUCGGAUAUAAAUGCCACUCUCUUAUUCAUUUUCAA